UUCACUGUAAUGAGUGAGAAGAAACUCGUCAAUCAAUUAUACUUCGUAUCACAACCUUUUCGAUUGCUUUUGCCCCCCUCACCCAAAUUCUUCAUAUUUAAAAAUAUGCUAAUUCUCCUUCGAAUCUCACGCAUUUCUCCACUUCCUUCAGUAUUUUCGGGUUUUUAUUCUUUCAGCUGAACUUGCAAUUUAUUCGAUCAAACCCGUAAUUUCUUUCACUUUCCGGCAAGUAUCGCCUUUAAAAAAUUUCCUGAUUUUUGCUUGUUUAUGCGAAUCCAUCUGGUCAUCUUAUCCCAUUGAGUUUCUAGCUGCUAAAACUCAUCUGGGUUUUUUCAAAUUUGUCUUCUUCUUCUUCUUCUUCUUCUUAAAGAAAUCCGAGUAUGGGGAUUCAGAGAGACAGGGUAAGAUUCAAUGUUGGAGGAAGAAUCUUCGAAACGACAGCCACAACCCUCGCCAACGCCGGCCGUAGUUCAAUGUUUGGAGCAAUGUUUGACGAGAGCUGGAAUCUUAUCGCUGAUAAUUCCACUGAGCACUUUAUCGAUCGCAACCCUGAUUGCUUCGCCGUUCUUCUCGACCUCCUCCGAUCCGGCGAGCUCUACAUUCCAGUGAACAUCCCGGAGAAGCUCUUGUGCAGGGAGGCUCUAUACUAUGGCCUCAUCGACCACGUUCGUUCAGCAAAAUGGGGUCCAUUUGAUGGCAAUAGAUUGACCCUUUCCCGCUCCAUAACAGGUCAAUCUCCUGGCGACGGAACCGCCAUUCGCGCCGGCCCAGAUGGUGGUUGCUGCGUUGCUCACGGAAGCAUGGUUCAUGUCUACGAUUGGAUGCUCGACGAACACCCCCCAUUAAACCUCGAUUACCAAGGGGUCAACGAUGUAGGUUGGGCCGACGCCGAUCAUGUUGUCAUCGGCGUCAGUCAGCGGCCCGGCCGUGGCGACGGCGGAUUGGGUCUCUUCAGCUCGUCAAGGGGGGAGCUCAGGCAUAAGUUCCAAGUCAGCCAUGAGAAUCAAGUGAAGAGUUUCACAGCAGGAGCAUUGAGCUUCAGUUCAGAUUAUAAGAUAUUCUCAAGCUGCAAAGGAAGAAGCAACGAGCAUGGGAUUGGUGUUUGGGAUCAGAUCACUGGGGAGCAAAUUGAUUUCUUCUAUGAGCCUCAGGGAUGGUCACUUGGUGAAGCAGACAAGCUUCAAUGGCUAGAAGGGAGAAACUGCUUGCUGGUUUCUACUCUGUUUCCCAGAAAAGAUAACUGUUACAUAAGCAUGUUGGAUUUCAGAGAUAAGAACAUGGUUUGGUGUUGGUCUGAUCUAGAAGGUCCAGAUCUAGCAGGAGAUGAGAAAAGGGUUCGAGACGCGAUAGCGAUGGAGGACAACAACUCAAUCUGUGUGGUGAAUGAGUAUGAAGAUUUAGGGUUUAUGGAUUUGAGAAAUUCUGGGAUAGCUUCUGGUAUAAGGUGGAGUUCCAGAAGCAAGUUGACGAAAGGGAAGAUGCCAGAAGAGCCUUGUUAUCCCAAACUGGCUCUGCAUAAUGGUCAGCUUUUCUCUUCCAUGAAUGAUUGUAUUUCUGUGUUCUGUGGGUCUGAUUGGGUUUUGACAUCUAGGCUUAGAAGAAGCCAUGGAGGUUCAAUAUGUGACUUUUCCAUCGGAGGGGAUAGGCUUUUUGCUCUUCAUAGUGAAGAGAAUGUGUUUGAUAUAUGGGAGACUUCAAGGCCUCCAAUCAUCUAAUUCCAUAUUACAGAGAUCUAGAUCAACCUCUCUGGUUGAACCUUUAAACUGAUUUAAUAAAAUAUUUUGUUUAUGAUCAAUUUAAUCACAAGUUGAUGGCAUUUUGACCAUUAAUUUUUGGAUCAGUUCCUUGAUAAAUUCAAUUAUUAGUCUGCUUUUCAGUA